UAUAUUAAUUUUAAGUUUGACUUCACAGAGCCAUGAUCAUUGAACAUUCACUAUUAAAAAUCUUAUAGAUUUAUCAUUUGAGGUUAAUUCAAGAUGUUGAAGGAUCCCUUAGACAUGGAGCUGGGAAAUGAUGACAUGGACAAAGUUGCUGGUAUUCCUGUGGUGCCUCUGGAUGUCUACACUGCAGCUAGUAUUGGCAAUUGUGCCUCUAUUAGUGAGGCUCUGGAAAUGAACCCUGAGUGUCUGCAUGCUUGCAACAAAGGUGGCUGGACAGCCCUAAUGUAUGCUGCUCACUACGGGCAUCAUGAAGCGGUGCUGCUACUGCACUCACGUGGUGCCUCUGUGCACACCAAGACUGGCGAGGGGUGCACUGCUCUCAUGCUUGCUGCUGGCUGUGGCCAAACUAUGACAGUCAAAGUCCUCCUUGAGUGUGGGAGUUUACUGGAGGCUCGUGACAAGCAGAGCUGGACUGCCGUGUUCCAUGCAGUGCAGUCUCGACACCCUGCAGUGCUGGAACUGCUGCUCACCAGUGGUGCCAAUGCCAUGGCCUGUGAGCCACAAAAAGGUGAGACAGCUCUCCAGUUUGGCAUCCGUGCUAAUGACCUAGAUUUGGUGCAGCUACUGCUGAAGUACGGCGCUGAUCCUACGGUGCCGGAUCACUGUGGCGAAACUCCCUUUUGUCUUGCUUCUAGACUCAAGCACAAGACUGUUGCUGACACCAUCGCCCAGGCCGUGGCCACACGAGGCAUCGCGGCUAGCCUCUCUCCUAUAACUGCUGGUCGUGACUUCUGGCAGGGAGACGUGUGUGAGGGCGGGGCGUCCUUUGAGCAGCUCCUGACGCAGGCGGGGCUGGGGGAAUAUAUGGCGCUUUUUGAGGAGCAGGCCGUCGACUUGCUGGUGUUCCUCUCCCUCACUGAUGCUGACCUCAAGGAGUGUGGGGUCAGCAAGCUGGGUCCCCGUCGCAAGAUGACGUCACUGAUCGCUCGGUGGCACAGAAAUGCUCCCAUGCGCAGCUGCAGGGAGGCCGCCUACGCUGACAAACUCCUGGUGGAGCUGCAAGAGUUGCAGCUCAAGCAUGCGCAGCUCGUCAGGGAUAACACGAAGCUUGCGAAGGAGCUAUACCAGGAGCAGGAGCUGCGGUCGUCCACCGAGUCGCUGGUGGUCGAAGCGCGUGCUCGUCUGCACGAGUGCCACAAGUACUGCCUACUGGCCUCCAGGCAGCUCCAGGGUAUCUAUGAUACCAUCGUGUGUGCUGCUCAUGACUGCGGCCCCUGCCACUGCAAGUGUAAUCGGUCCGUCUCCUCCAAUGGUGAACCCCGUGUCGUUGAUGGCAAUUAUUGUCAUGUUAAUGGCGAUGAGUUCCACGUUUAUAAAGAUCACAUUCCAAUUCAGGGAAAUCCCCAAUUGAAAAGAGACCUGAUAAUUCGUUCACAAACGAAAAAGGACUAUGAUGAUCAAAUGCGCGUGCUUGACCUGCUUCCAAAUGAUAAUAUAGCGCAUGCAUGCAAAGCAAAUGCUGUGAUGAACAGUAACGAUUUAAAGACAAUUGGCUGUCUUUUGACUCCCAAUCAAAAUCUUAGUAAUAACGUUGAUAAUGUAAAUGCUUUUAACCCAGAAACACAAUUUUUUAACGAUAUAAACUAUUUAUAUGAUGAAAAUCAGAGGAAUUUGAAAUAUUAUGAUCAAAUUCAAAUUAACAAUCUGGAGUCUGUACCUGAAGUCGUUCCUGAUUCUUCCAAGGCCUUCAUCCCGACCGACUAUCGCAUUAGACCACCAUCCCUAUGUUUGCCUAAGCUAGGCUCUCCAGUUCAGUACUGCCUCAAACUGGUGCAACGUCUGGUAUCUUUAAGCGAUCCCAAUAUUCCUCGUGAUAUCGGUCCUGCUGCCCAACCUAGAGACCGAGAUGGUGCCAGCGUUUGCGCUCUAUCAACUGGCAGUCAGGGAACCACUACAUCUCGCGACCUCUGCUCACAGAAAAGUUGUUGCUCAUCCACGAAAGAAGAAUUUGGUCACAUAAACCAAAAACAAUGCCCUAGUGUAGAAUGUAGCAGGGCUCCUGAUUUUUUGACUGGAAAUGCCAGAAUUGAAUCCAAUAUUGAUCGUGAUUGUAAAGUUAUAAGUGAUACGCCGGAAAACUGCACGCAUCAGACUCCCGAAGAAACUCUGCGAACACAAACUGCCCCUCAUUCAAAUAGCGACAUCGUUCAUUCUGAUCUUGCGUACGUGGAGUCACAUGAACUCUUGGAACGAAAUGAAUUUGACGAUGCUUUGCUUUGUAAACAACUAGAACAAUUCUCUAUUUUGAACAGUUUUAGGCAAAGUAGAUUGUCUUGAGACAGUAAUACUUUGAUCAGUACUCUUGAGAGCUGAAUGAGUGCCUUAAAAGAGCUCUAAGCGUCUUCUGAUUGAACCAUUUCGUGUGUCCAUGGCACUGACGACGAUAGACAGCUGGCGCAAUUUUACGAGUUGAAGUGCGUACCACUGUUAGCAGUAAGACUACUAGUGUAAACUUGAGUUCCUAUUUACUAUAUUGCUUUUAAAAUCGUGUAUGUUUUUACGUGUCUUAAAAUCUUUCUUACUCAUUGGACGUGGCAUGUUAUGGGAUGCUCAUUAUAUUUACGUUCCUAUAGAUGACAAUUCUGAAAAUUGUUUCGUCGGUUUGUAGUUUCUGACAUUUCCUCUUGCAUGUAUAGUCAUCCUUUGAUUUUCUUAUUCAUUAGACGUGGGAUGCUCAGUAUAUUUACGUUUCUAUAGAUCAGAAUUCUACAAAUUCUAUCGUCAUUUUCCGACUUACUCUCUUGUAUGUACAGUCAUCCUUUAUUUAUUGACUCGCUUCAAAUUACGGUUAAAGGAAUUGUUUUUGCAUGUAUCGGUGCCUUUCUUGAAAUUGACGUCAACAAAGGACUGAGUUUAUGUUUUAUAAUAUUACGCGUUCAACUUAGUGGAGAUCGAAUUAUUUUAUUGUUUCGAAUGAGCGAAUGCUUAAAUAGUAUAUUAUAUUAGAGUGAUGUAUUUAUUGUCUUUUUUUGCAACUAGGCAUAGAUUGUGGUGAACUUAAUAGUUUAAGGUAAAAUUACUACUAGCACUACGCAAACAAACAUCCUGACCAAUGCUCAUACGUGGGCUGGCACCCGGCUGGAGUGAUUGUGUGGAACGAUUUUCAGAAAUAUAUUUAAAAAGAG